GCGCUGCACCGUACUCCUUGGCCACCAAAGGAGUCCGAUGCAGCCUCUCGGAAGCAAGGAGUUGUAUUAGUUUCCCUUGUUGUGGACCAUCCCCUCCAUAGACACUCCAGGGGCUUUCUCUCUACCUUGGUCCUUUUUUCAUCCAUCAAGCCAUAUGAAAUAUCCGCCGAUACUUUCAAAAAUCCGCCACCGUUGAGCAUAGAAUUCGGCUGGGCAGCUGCAGCAGACCACCCCCGCUUUGAUCAUAUUUUUUUCGAAUUGGGAGAUUCUGUGAUAUUGCUUUGCUGCGUUUGAAUCUGGGAGAGCUGCGCAGCGGGAGGUUGAGUAUUUGCUGUGGGAAGUUUCAGCCGAAGAGAUGCCAGUGUUGCUUGCAGCAGUUGCAGGGUCGGCCACAGCCGGGAGCCUAGUGGUUGAAUUCCCGGCCUCUGUUGCAACCCCCCAUAGCUAUGGUACUAAUGGGUUGUUGGCCAUAGCGAGGAAGCCGCUUGCGGCCAGGCUGGAUGUGAGUAGCAGUAGGGCUUUCGGGAAUAGUCGUUUCGAAACUAGACACUCGUUUCCCUUGGGGAAGAGAUUGCGUCGUUCUUGUUUGCGAGCCUCGGCACUUCAACAGACCUCGACCAAUAGUAUCAAAUGGGUGCUUGACCCUGUUGGUGACGGAAAUACAAGCCAUCUUGACGCUCCAGUGCCUUUGCCUAGUGGCUUCGAGCUGGCAUCGGAUGCCGCCACCAUUGGACGCGUUAAAGAUAGAGCUGACGUUGUGAUUCCUGUAGCCACAGUUUCCGGUGUUCAUGCACGGUUGGAGAAGAAAAAGGGGGUACUCUACAUAACUGAUCUGGACAGCACAAACGGCACAUUUAUCAAUAACAGGAGAAUUCGGCCUGGAGCUGUGACGCCUGUAGCACCUGGAAGCCACAUUACCUUUGGUGACGAACACUUGGCUGUAUUCAGGUUCUUACAACUCGAAGACUCCUCGCCCGCCGAGACACCUACAGAGGAGUCUUUGGAGGAAUCUGUGGAGACACCUGCAGAGGUAGUGGCGGAGGCACCUGCACCUCCUCAGAAAGAGGCCCAAUGAAAAGUUUCUGACCUGUUUUCGGAUUGAUCGUGAAGGUAGCUAGGGUUGAGCAUUUACCGAUUGAGGUUGGAAUCUAGGAGUUGUUUUUCUAGAGAAGAGAUGCGUGUUAAUAAUACAACAUGUAUUGUUGCACGAUCGUUCAUGCUUUGAGGAUACGGGUUCUGCCACACUAACUGUGUUUCAGAACUUAGUCACUGCUUGGAUAAAGCAUGUGCUUGUAUGUUUGUAAAUUCUCCUCAAAACAUUGAUACAGUAAAUGCAAUACGUGUCCCUUUCCAGCCCAUUCAUGCGA